UGAAGACGAUAAAAUGAAAGACAAGUCAGUGUGGGAGAAUGUAUUGUUCGCCUUAAUUGGAUCUAUUGUAACAGUUAUAGCAGCAGCUGGGCUUGUUCUUCACUUCUCUCGUUUAAGGAAAACACAUGAUGACAAAAAUCAAAGGAACGCAACUGUUGAUGAGUCAAACAGGCAAGACGACCAACAAAUAGACCCACCUGUGGUUAAUACAUCUCAUCAGGGGAUACAGAAUGGAGUAAAUGAAAAUGUUUAUGCUGAUGUAAGAUCCUCCAAAAUGAUUGAGUUUCAUUGUGAAGGUUUCUCAUCCAAUCGUUCGCACAUAUACUCUCAGGAUGGUAGAACUGACGCUUUUCUCGAGAAUAAAAAUGCUAGAAGGAACUACUCACAAGACAGCAAGGAUGCAAAUUAUAAAGAAAAACAGACAUCAAAAAUAUAGUUACGGGAAAAUGUGUACGGAAAUUUGGACGAAACCAGCCAAUACAGUGUUCUGUCCUUACGAAGAAAUGUCGACCCCUCUGAAAUGGAAAAUUAUUUUAUAAAGCAGUCAAUCCUUCCCGAUAUCCCUCAAAAGGAUGAAGCUUCUUAUAGUAUAGUGAAUGUUUUCGAGACAGAUAAUCGACAGAAUGAGGAGGCAUGUAAAUCAGAUUCAGAUGUUGGCUUGACCUCGGAACUAUAAAGCAUUGCCAUGCAAAGUUAUGACGAGUCUUAGUUUCUGGAGUAGAUAG